AUGAUUAAUUGGGUUAUGGAAUGCAUAUCAACUCCUAAAUACUCUCUUGCUCUAAAUGGAUCUCUGCAUGGAUAUUUUAAAGGUAAGAGAGGUCUAAGACAAGGGGAUCCUCUUUCUCCUUACUUGUUUGUCUUAGGGAUGGAAUAUCUAUCAAGAAGUUUAAAUGCCCUUAGAAAUGAUAACCUCUUCAAAUAUCAUCCUAAGUGUCAAAGUCUUGGGAUUACUCACCUGAUAUUCGCAGAUGAUCUUCUUCUCUUUGCUAAAGCUGAUGGAUACUCAAUUAUGAAACUGUUCUAUUGCCUCAAAGAGUUCAGCAGAGUGUCUGGUUUAGAGGCAAAUCCUGCUAAAUGCUCAAUAUACUUUAGUGGAGUUGAUGAUGGUCUGAAAAAUCAAGUCUGCUCCUUGCUGAAUUUUCCUGAGGGGAUGUUACCAAUUCAUUAUCUUGGAUUGCCACUCAUUUCUAAGAGAUUAUCCUACCUUGAUUGCUCUCCUCUACUAAGUAAAAUCAGUGAGCAAUUUCUUCACUGGCAGAAAAAGAAAUGCCUCUCUUAUGCAGGAAGAAUUCAGCUAAUCAAAUCAGUUAUCAUGGGUAUCCAAAUCUUUUGGACCAGUAACUAUAUCUUGCCGGUCAAGGUGCUGGAGAAAAUUGAUAGAAUGUGCUCUGAUUUUCUAUGGAAUAACAAAAUUCAUCUAGUAUCUUGGGAAAGUAUAUGUCGAGGGAAAGAACAGGGGGGACUGGGCCUAUAUUCACCUAAAUCCUGGAAUCAUGCAGUUGCUAUAAAAUUGCUUUGGAUGAUCCAUCAGAAAAAAGACAUGCUUUGGAUAAAAUGGAUUCAUGAAAAUUAUGUGCAUCAAACUGAUAUCUGGCAUAUUCAAUCUAAAGCAUCGGACUCAUGGUUGUGGAGGAGACUUUUGAAAAUCAGAGACAUGGCAGUAAGCAAAUUUGGAAGUGCAAACAAUCUUAUAAAUACCAUUAACAACUGCCAUAGUGGGGGUAAAUUCCUUAUCUCCUCUGUUUAUAAAGCUCUGAUUAGCUUUUCCCCUCCUGUUCCUUGGUUUAAUACUGUCUGGGAGAGACUAAACUACCCGAAACACUCUUUUGUGCUCUGGCUUGCCUCUCAGUCCAGAUUACUAACUCAGGAUAGGUUAUGUAAAAUGAAUAUUAUAACCUCAAAUCAAUGUGUUCUAUGUCCUGGUCAUCACCAAGCUGAGGAAACAUGUCAACAUCUUUUCUUCGAUUGCCCUUAUUCAGCUCAGGUCUGGAAUAAUGUAAUGGAUUGGAUGAACUUUUCCUGGAGGUCCUGUAACUGGUUGCAUCUGUUUGAUUGGUACAACAACAAUCUGAGGGGCAAAGGCUUUAAGAAGAAGCUCAAGAGGAUGGUACUUGCAGUCACAGUUUACUUAGUGUGGCAGGAGAGAAAUCUAAGAGCUUUUCAAGGAAAAUCCCGUGAUCCAGUUACUCUUUUCAGACUAAUUAAGUUUACUGUUUUUACUAAAAUUUUGAAUGAUGAUACAUUGAAUCUUGUUUGA